GGUCGGCUGUGCCCGGCCGGGGCGCUGGGAGCCGGCUGCGCGGCGGUCAAAGGUUCCCAGCAGGAGGUUGGACACUAGAGGGCGAUCCCCGGCCCUGCUGCGGGCUGUAUAUAUACGGCACGCAGCACCGCGGCAGCCCACUAGCAACAGGGCAGGCAGCGAGCGGAGCGGGGCUGGGCCGGGGGACGGGCUCCGGGAGCACCGAGCCGUGCCGUGCAGCACCGUACCGCGAGAUUGCUAGAGUCGCCGCUGCCGCCGUCGUCCCGUUCGAAACCUGGAUUGCAGGAGCCCUUCACCAUGCCCGGCAGACUGUAGUUGCUUCAUGGAGCAAGCCAAUUUCUACGAGGUCGAUUCCCGGCCCCCGAUGAGCAGCGGCCAGCACCACCAGCUCCAGACUCCCCUGCCCGGCAGCACCUACAGCUACAGAGAGGCUCCCUCGGCGGCGGCACCUGCUGCGGGCGGCGCGGAGCUCGGCGAUAUCUGCGAGAACGAGAACUCCAUCGACAUCAGCGCCUACAUCGACCCCGCCGCCUUUAACGACGAGUUCCUGGCCGACCUCUUCCAGCACAGCAAGCAGCAGGAGAAAGCCAAGGCCAUCCUGGCCGGGGAUUUCGACUUCCACACCAUGCAUGGGGCCGGCGCCGCCGCCUCGGCGCCGGGGCACCAGCCGCAGCACCACCAGCAGCCGCUCUUCGGCUGCGUGCCCGGCUACAUGGACGGCAAGCUCGACCCCCUCUACGAGCGCAUCGGCGCGCCGGGCUUGCGGCCGCUGGUGAUCAAGCAGGAGCCCCGCGAGGAGGAGGAGGUGAAGUCGGCGGCCCUGUCGGCCCUCUAUCCCCAUCACGCCCCGCAGCAGCACCCGUCCCACCUCCAGUACCAGAUCGCCCACUGCGCCCAGACCACCAUGCACCUCCAGCCAGGGCAGCCCACGCCGCCCCCCACGCCCGUGCCCAGCCCGCACCAUCCGCACCACCCGCACCCUCCCGGCGGCCUGUCCGCCGCGGGCACCCUCAAGAUGAUGCCCUCGGACCACCGGAGCAAAUCGAAAAAGACAGUGGACAAGAACAGUAACGAGUACCGGGUGCGCCGGGAGCGCAACAACAUCGCGGUGCGCAAGAGCCGGGACAAGGCCAAGCAGCGCAACGUGGAGACGCAGCAGAAGGUGCUGGAGCUCACCACCGACAACGAGCGGCUGCGCAAGCGGGUGGAGCAGCUCACCCGGGAGCUGGAGACUCUGCGGGGCAUCUUCAGGCAGCUGCCCGAGAGCUCGCUGGUGAAGGCCAUGGGCAGCUGCGCCUAGCGCCGCGCCGGGACCGGCCGGGCUGCCCUGCCCGCGCACAGAUACUAUAUGUACCGGCGUGCGGCAAGCGCCGUGUGCCGGUGGGAGGGGAACGGGGGGUUGUUUUGGUUUUGUUUUGUUUCGUUUGUUUUUUAUCAGUUCACGACCUAUACAAGAAGUCAGGCAGCUCUAGUAUUAAAAGGUUUGUGCCUUAGAGAUGACACACGAGUAAGCUGAAAACAUGGUGGGUUUUCUAAGGAGAAAGGCAAGGGGAAGAAUUAAAAGACCACGUGUCUACACAGGGUAAAUAACAGUAAUAAUAAUAAUAACAACAAAAACAGUAAUAAAGCACACAUAGCAACCCAGAUGUGCCUUAAAAGCUGGCUGCAGGAGCUCUGGGGCUUAAUAUGCCCUCCAGUCUUGCAGGGUGCAAGGAGAAGGAAUGAGGGACGUGCAGGCUUGAGGGCUGCGGUGUCUGGGAUGUCCUGCCAGACCCCUUCCAGCUGGCCUGCAGUGCAGCAGGCAGGAGCAGCUUUGGGGAAGCCAGCGAUGAGAAGAGGAUUUGAGGCUGAGAGAUAUGCAGCACUGGACACCCGUUAGGAGCACUGAGGUGUGGGGCAGCCACCAGACUGCUGCCAGGACUGUCGCAGCCUGGCCGGGCUGCCUCUGCCGAGCCCUGUCCCCUACCUUGGCUGGGAGGAGGGACAAGGGGCCAGAGCCGCUGCAGGACCGAUGGACAGCCUGGGACUGAUGGAGCAGCAGCUUGCAAGAGUGUGGUGAGCUCUCUCCAUCGACAGAAAGAGCAGCAGUGUCUUGUACUGUAUGUCACGACGUGGCGAAGCACAAAUGAAUAAAUACCUAUUGAUGCGGGUAUUUACUAUGAA